AGGGCUUCCUAACUGCUCUCUCCCUGGGGCCCUCGCACGCGGUGAGACAGCUAGCACUCCUCCGUUAUCAGGUGCCUUUAUUCAGGGUCUUUUCUCUUCGUUACGUUUGUAAAAACUUCUUUUGGGGAGCACUUGAGAAGAUUAUAACAUCCUGCAGCUCAGCUUCUGAGCGCUUUCCUGAUUUUCUACUCAAAACACACAUUGCUUCUUGCAUUUCUGAAGAUCUCAAGAUCUGGACUACGUCGGAGAAAUUUCCGGGAAGAGAUGGCAAAUGAAUGCUGGAGGAUUAUUCUACUUAAAGGACUAGAAGAAAUCAAUGAUGACCAGUUUAAAAUGGUCAAGUUCUUACUGACAGAUCCAUUAAAACUGACUUCAAAAAUGCAAGAUGAACACGACAAAGUUAAAUUUGCUAACUUGAUGGUAAGGAAGUUCCCAGAAGAUGCUGGUGUGGACAAACUGAUAAAAUUCUGCAAAGAAAUAGCAUCACUGCAACCCUUUGUUGAAAUUCUUAGAAAAGAAAAGGCAAAAGUUAAGAAAAGGAGAUCCACACCAGCAAAAGGAAAAAUCCUCUCAAAAAAGAGCAAGCAGGAUGAAGAUGGUCCUGCUAACCCUGCACCCACCACAAGCCACACUGUCACAUCUGUGGAAGUAGAGGUGACUUUUGGACCUCAGAAAAGAAAAACCACAGGCAAAGGAAAGGAUGGGACCAAAAAGAGUAAGGUGUCGGAAGAGCAGACUCAGCCGUCCUGUCUUCCAGGAGCCAGUAUGCCCACAGCCACUGGCCAUCCUCCACCUCCCCCGACCUCAGCUGAUCCAUCCAAAAUGGCCUCAACUAAGAAGCCAAAACCACAGGCCAAAGAUCCAGCAGCCACCAAAGCAAAUUAUCUCCAGAAGGGCCCAAUGACAGUGAUGGUACUGAGUGCAACAGGUCCAUUCGAAUAUGAGUCCUCAGAAAAGGAGAAAAAAAUAAUGUUUCAUGCUACCGUGGCUACACAAAACAAUUACUUUCAUAUGAAGGUUUUUAAUGUCAAGUUAAAGAAAAAAUUCACCAGAAAUAAAAUCCUUACUAUAUCAGAUUAUUUGGAAUAUAAACGUCUCCUGGAGGUAAAUGAAGCCUCUUCUGUGUCUGAAGCUGGUCCUGACCAAAAGAUUGAGGUUCCCAAAAGCAUACUAAGCCAAGCAAAGGAAACCCUGAGGAUUCGUGUUCUUCAAACACAAGCUUCAGGAACUCUCAUAUACGGGUUAUUCACACUAUGUAAGAAAACAUUAAAUAAGGACAACACAAUCUAUGAAAUUAAGGAUGACACAGGAAGCAUGGAAGUAGUGGGGAAAGGAAAAUGUCACAAUAUCCCCUGUGAGGAAGGGGAUAAGCUUCAGCUCUUUUGCUUUCAACUGAGAAAAAGGAAUGAAACGUCAAAACUGAUUUCUGAAACGCAUAGUUUCAUUCAGGUAAAGAAAAAAACACCAAACCAGAAGAAUAAUGGUGCCGCGACCACGAGUCAACCUGAGGAGCGGAGUGAGAUUCCACAGCAUCCUGAGGGCGGCACACCCCCAAUUCAGAGCCAUCUCAUGACUUUUCCGAUGCCUCCAAAAGCCUCAACCAGCAGUUUCUGCAUGAAGAAGGAAGGAGCUGCCUCAGGAACAGGGAUGUCCUCUGCAGUCUCCAGAGCUGGCGCACUACCUGUGGGCAAUCCUCACACUCAUGGGACAUAUCAACACACCCCGUCUAACCCCGGCCAGACGUCAAGCCCAAGGGCUGUGUCUGAAGAAGCUUUCACAGAAGGUUACCACAAGGGACCCAUAGAAGUGAUGGUGCUGAAAGUAACAGAACUGUUUGUGUAUGAAGUCACCGAGGAGAAAAUGAUGUUUCAUGCCACAGCGGCUACUGAGAGCAAAGUUUUCCGAGUAAAGGUUUUUAACGUCACCUUAAAAAAGAUAUUCACUCCAAAGAGUAUCAUUGCCAUAUCAAAUUAUGUUGUCCGAAAUGAGUUUCUGGAGGUAUACGCUUUCAAUACCUCCGUGUUGAAGUUGGAUGCUCAUAGAACGAUGGAGAUCCCAAGAAGCCUGAUGAUCCAAGCUAAUAGAACUCCCAAAAUCAGCCACCUUCACUCACAAACUGAAGGGAAGUUUGUGAAUGGGGUGUUCCUGGUCAAUAAGAAAUUUGCGAUGGAUAAAUUCACUUAUUAUGAAAUAAAAGAUAACACAGGGCAGAUGCAAGUAGUGGUAUAUGGACGACUGACCAAUAUCGACUGUGAGGAAGGUGAUAAACUUAGGCUCAUCUGUUUUGAAUUGGCACCUGUAUGUAUGGGCAAGUGUCAGCUGAGAUCUGUAAUUCACAGUUACAUGAAGGUCAUCAAGACCAGGACAAUACUCGGUCCUGAUUCAGACAUGGAAACUUGAUUAGACGUCUUCCAAAACCUGGAUGUUAUGGAUAAUGAUGUUUAUGGAUACAAUUUCUAAGUGCAAGAAAAGAUAAAUGUACCUGGGUGAAAUACAACACUGUAGAUACCA